AUGUGUCACUUUAUCCAAAGAAGUUCACCUUUGUCAUUUCCAAAAAGUUGUAAUAUAUUUUGGCGGUUUCAUCAUACCAGUGCAUCACACUUGUGCAGCUGCAGUAAGACAGUUAGUGAUGAAAAAUACCAAGACCCUUUUCAACUUGGUAGAAAAGACUUGAAGAAUCUCUAUGAAGAUAUUAAAAAGGAAUUACUUGUAUCUACAGCAGAACUUAAGGAAAUGUGUGAUUAUUACUUUGAUGGGAAAGGAAAGGCCUUUCGACCAAUGAUUGUGGUGCUAAUGGCAAGGGCUUGCAACAUUCACCAUAAUAAUUCCAGGGAGGUGCAAGCAAGCCAGCGCUCUGUGGCCAUAAUUGCUGAGAUGAUCCACACAGCUAGCCUAGUUCAUGAUGAUGUUAUUGAUGAUGCAAAUUCUCGCAGAGGAAAAAUGACAGUCAAUCAAAUCUGGGGAGAGAGGAAGGCUGUUCUAGCUGGUGACUUCAUCCUUUCAGCUGCUUCUGUAGCUUUAGCACGAAUUGGAAACACUACUAUCAUCUCUGUUCUAACUCAGGUGAUUGAAGAUCUGGUGCGUGGUGAAUUCCUCCAGUUGGGUUCCAAGGAAAAUGAGAAUGAGAGAUUUGCUCACUACCUCGAGAAGACUUUUAAGAAGACUGCGAGUCUUAUAGCAAACAGUUGUAAAGCAGUUUCAAUUCUAGGCUGCCCUGAUCCCAAAGUUCAUGAGAUUGCCUACCAGUAUGGAAAAAAUGUUGGCAUAGCUUUUCAGCUAAUAGAUGAUGUGCUGGAUUUUACAUCGUGUGCCGACCGUCUGGGGAAACCAACAGCAGCAGAUCUCAAGCUUGGAUUAGCCACAGGCCCCGUGUUAUUUGCUUGUCGACAGUUUCCAGAAAUGAACGCUAUGAUAAUGAGACGAUUCAGUAAGCCAGGAGAUGUUGAACGUGCUCGGAAAUAUGUGUUGCAGAGUGACGGCGUGCAGCAAACAACCUACCUCGCCCAGCGCUACUGCCAUGAAGCUACAAGAGAGAUCAGUAAACUACGGCCAUCACCUGAGAGAGAGGCCCUCAUUCAGCUGACAGAAAUGGUACUCAUGCGAGACAAGUGAGAGAACUCCUUCCACUCGUUCUGGCAGCUACUUACCAGACUGUGCCUAAAUGUACUUCAAGAGUUAUUUGCUUCCAACACAGGCUACCAAAAAUUAUUUUUUUAAAAAAACCUUUUUUUUGAAGUUCUACUUUUUUUUUAAAAAACAAAAGUUUAAAGUGUUUUAUCGUGGGAAGCCAUACAAUUCAGAGCAAAUCAAACUGUGCUGUACAAUUGUUUUAGUGGGGGCUGUUAAUUGUGGGGGGUGGGGAAGAUGUUUACAUGUUGAUGCACAAAGGCCACAAUGAAAAUAAAUACAAAUCAGUGUAUAACAAAACUGGAGUUGUUCCAAAUUUCACUUGUUCACACUAAUA